GCAUUCUUUCUCUAUGUGUGUGUGGGUUUGGCUGCAGCCCACUCUGUGCUCUUUGACUCUGCUGGCCUUAUAAGGCAUCCAGAGCCAUGGCAACAGCAGUGCUUGAAUAGCAGUGUCAAAUCCCUCAGCACACAGACACACGCUCACUCUCCCUAAAGGAGGGAGAGAAGCGGAGGAAGAGGAGGCUAUCUCUGGGCUGCACUCCUUUGCUGAGUUUGGUUAGAAGAGAAAAGGGCGCUGUGUUUUUUUCCUGCCCUGUUGGGGCUAAUUUAUUCCUGCCUGGGCCAGGCAGAAAAACAAGAAAGGGAAGGAGCAGGAGAGGGAAGAGCGCAACAGUCUGGCAGCUGCAGCAGGGAGGUUCUGGUCUUUGGAUGUAACUGUGCGAUGGACAAGCUCUGACAAAACAAGAAAAUAGAGACAUGACUUUAAGGAAGGAGAGCAGCCUGUGACUGAGGAGAUUUCUCAACCCAGCCUUUGUUUUGGCUUGUUUUUUUUUCUCUGACAUUUGAUCCUCUGACCCCAUUGGCUUUGAAGGAGCAAGAGAAAACAAGAGUUUCGUCACAGAGGGCAGAGCAGGAGGACGUCUUUGGUUAACUUUGCUGCUACAGAAAGUAGCUGAGUCAGAAGAAACAUUAACUUAAGGUGUCAUUUCCAAAAAAUAGAAGAGAGGAAGAAUCAAAUAUUUGUUUUUUCAUUUUUUAAUCACCAUUGGCUGCAUUUAAAAAAAAGCCUCAACAAGUCAAGAGUGAGUCUGGACUGGAGGUGCUCAGAUCAGAAGAUAGCAGCAAGGUAGGAACUGGUUGGACAAGUUUAUAAGUUGGGGAAAGGGCAGGGCAGUUUAACCCUGCCUGAAGGAGAACUGUGUUGUAUUUUUCUCUCACCUGCCGGUCUGAUUGAGGGAAAGUAGAUCUAUGCUGUUUUUCAUCAUGGUGAAGGGUAGGUGAGGCGUUUUUUUUAUCUACGUUUUGCAGCAGAUGUUGUAGACAACGGGUGAGAGCGAAAGAGAAAAAGUCAAAGUGAAAUUUAUUGUUUCCUGUGAAAAGAGCAGGGCUGCACCCUUUACUCCUGCCUGAACUCUGAACCACUUAAUGUGUGUCUGAAGUUUUUUUUUUCUUAGAGCUCAAGAGCCAUUGAUCAGAGGUCAGGGCUGAACAUAAGAGGAGAGAGAGAGAGAGAGCAGAGGGAUUAAAGAACGGAGAGGAAAAAUAUAGAAGAGGAAGGAGCUCCGGGGUCAAGUCAGCCAGACAAGCAAAGGGGAGAAAGGUCAACGCAGGCGAGGCUCCUGCCUUCAGAUAUCUCAGGACAAAGCUGGUUGAAUCUAAACAAGGAGUCCUGGUGUCGGAGUUAGGAAUCAGUCCUUCAAACUUCCUGGGGAAGAGAAAAGCCCGGUGGACAGAGCAUAAGGUCCGUUUAUGAUCCUCUCACUGGAUCAGAGAAUAUGGCCAUGGUGAGCGGGGGAUGGGGCAACCCCAACGGUGACACUAAUGGACUGGGAGAGAAGGCUUACCAGAGGAGGGAGGAGGACAACGACUCACCCCAGGCUGGCAGCAGCGACGUGGACGUUGGGGACGAGGACAAGGCAGGCGUGGUGGACUGCGUGGUGUGUGGGGACAAGUCCAGCGGUAAGCACUACGGCGUGUUCACCUGCGAGGGCUGCAAGAGCUUCUUCAAGAGGAGCAUCAGGAGGAACCUCAACUACUCCUGCAGAUCAAACAGAGAAUGCCAAAUUGACCAGCAUCAUCGGAACCAGUGCCAAUACUGUCGUCUGAAGAAGUGUUUCCGUGUCGGGAUGCGCAAAGAAGCUGUCCAGCGGGGUCGACUCCCUCCUACUCACUCAGGUAUCAGUCCCAACCCGCUGUCUGGAGGGGCUGGUGGUCCUGGUCCAGGUCACCUCGGGGCAGACUACUUCAAUGGGAACCCGGUGUCAGAGCUCAUCUCCCAGCUCCUCCGGGCCGAGCCGUACACCAACAGCCGUUACGGAGCCCCCUACGCCCAGGCGCAGAUGCAGGCAUCAGCAGGCGGGGCGUCCGUAAUGGGCAUCGACAGCAUCUGUGAGCUGGCUGCCCGCCUCCUCUUCAGCACCAUCGAGUGGGCCAGAAACAUCCCAUACUUCCCAGAACUCCCAGUCUCAGAACAGGUAGCGCUACUGAGACUGAGCUGGAGUGAGCUGUUCAUCCUGAACGCGGCUCAGUCCGCCCUGCCGCUGCACAUGGCUCCUCUGCUGGCAGCCGCCGGCUUCCACUCGUCCCCCAUGUCUGCGGAGCGGGUGGUGUCGUUCAUGGACCAGGUCAGGGUUUUCCAGGACCAGGUGGACAAGCUGAACCGGCUACAGGUGGACUCAGCCGAGUACAGCUGCCUGAAAGCUAUCGCCCUCUUUUCCCCUGAUGCAUGUGGCCUGUCAGACCCCGCCCACGUGGAGUCCCUACAGGAGAAGGCCCAGGUCGCCCUGACGGAGUACGAGAGGCUGACAUACCCCAGUCAGCCGCAACGCUUUGGCCGCUUGCUGCUGCGCCUCCCUGCUCUGCGCGCCGUUCCUGCAAAUCUCAUUUCCCAACUCUUCUUCAUGAGGCUGGUGGGAAAAACACCAAUCGAGACGCUGAUCCGAGACAUGCAGCUCUCAGGGAGCUCCAUCAGUUGGCCGUACGCUGCAGGACAGUAAAGGACCCCUUCAGAGAGAGACAGACUGAGAUCAGACUUUAAGAAGGCAUCGCCAGGACUCCAUGCUGUGACUUUCAUAUCCUAACUAAGGAGACAUUUUCCCUCUCUAUUCCUGUGAAAUUAGACUGGAAUGACAGUAAGGUUAUUUGAUAGAAACGCUGCGUUAUUGUCCUGAUGUAUGUUUGCAGCACUUGUCAGUCGUGUUCCCUCCUCUGGCUGAUCUCGCUUCGUCUCGUUCUCUGAUUGAACAGGGCCUUCAUUAAACUGCUCUCUCACAUGAGGCCAUGUGCCUCUUCUACCUCCUCCCAUAUGACACCCCAAUGUGACUCUUGUUGAACCCAGGCUCUGUGUGCUCUACCUUCUUUGUUGUCCAGUCUAAAUUAAGCCAUAGCAGCCAUGGGCACUGCGACAUACAGAUCAAAGCUGGGAGGCGUUGGAGGGAUCAUGCAGAAGCUCUCAUGUGUAUAUCAUGAAACCAGGAGAUAGAUGAAUGAAUGAAUGAAUGAAUGAAUGAAUGAAUGAAUGAAUGAAUGAAUGAAUUGUCUGCAGCCUGGGCGAUGGACUUUGUCAUCCUCAGUUAUGUAAAUACAAGUCUGUUACAGUGCUGUGAAAAAAGCAUUUGCCCCCUUACAGAUUUCCUUUGUUUUUGGCUUGUUGGAAUUCUUCCCAUAAAACCCAUCUGUAUUUAGUCCAGGCCUGGACUGCCCGUUGUUUUUUUGAAUUUACUUUAUUCAAAUUUAUGGCUUCAUAAUUUUUGGCAGGACAUCCAGGUCCUAAAGCAGAGCAGUCCCAGCCCAUCACACUACCAUCCUGUGUAAGAGAAUCUUUUUCGCACACCUUCCACUAGGUCCCGCUUUUGGCCUAAAUACCCUAAAUGCAUUUUCCCAAAAACUCUUAGGGGACAUUAGGACAGAUGUCAGAGGUGCUCAAGUCCAGUCCUCAAGAGCUACUAUCCUGCAACUAUUUGAUGCAACCAUUUUAACACACCUGAAUCAAAUGAGUGGCUCAAUACCACGCUUCUGCUGGGCUAAAUGAAGGGAUUAAGGUUUUGGAUUCAGGUGUGCUAGAGAGGAGAUGCAUCUAAAAGACACAAGAUGGUAGCUCUUGAGGACUGGACUUGAGCACCCUUGAUCUAUUUCUUUUUGACUAGUUUGUCUUUUAAAGGCACACUGUGUAACUUUUGGCCACUAGGGUACCAGAGUUUCUUCAGAGUGUCUUGAGACGAAGUGAGCGUGAGUUAAACUAUCACGACAGCACUAAAAGGCUUACGGCGUGAGGUCCGUAGGUGGGAAAUGCAGGAGCUUGCAGUGAGGAAGGUGGUUGCCAUGCAGGAAGAGGCUCGCGAUAGAGGGCAGGACUGACCUGAUGAGUCUGCGCUGUGGCGGAAAGUGACAGUCAGCUGGGCGUCGCACUGAUGGAGCACAGGCAUGACAGCUUGAAUCUCUGAGAGGCUGAGGAAGGGACCAGAGGCUGACCUGCUCAGCAAAGAUCUGUGACUCGUGGCGCUCAGAGGUGGGAUUCGGAGCCAAACAACCAUGUAUGGCUAGCAGGAGAAAAACAAAGGCUGGACACAGAAACCACUGCAACACCCUGACAACAUCAAAAUAAUAACAAAGAUAUAUGAUUGUAUACUAGGAGCAAAGUGUUAACUUCUACUCUAAUAAUAAAGUUGAGAAAAGAGAAUCGGUUUUAAAUCCAGCUUCUUCUUUCAGCCUGCGCCAACAAAUAAACUCAUUUCCAUGUUUCACGUUUUUCUUUUUAGCCUCCUUAGAAGGUUUAAACUUUUUCCUUGCCUCAGACAUGACCAGUAGUCGAGCAGGCGGGAAAACUAGUAGAGCAAAAGCGUUAGCUCAAUGACUAUAUGAGAGCCUGUGCCCAUAAAGCUAUACUUUCUUUCAGGUCACAUGACCUGGCCAAUGACGGUCCGUCAUCUCCCAGCUUACAUAGUCAGUAUUUGAAGAAUGGAGACCCGCUUGUAGAAUUGAUAGUAUCAAGCGCUGUAUAUUGGCUUAAGGAAUGAUUUAAAAUAACUCAUAUGCCUCAACUAUUUAGGCGACAAAGUCCAUAGUGUGCCUUUAAAUCAUCAAAGUGGGUCUAAGCCGAGGGAUUUGGUGUCUGCUCUGCUCUGCUUUUUGUGACCUCCUGGAUUUGUUUCUGAAGUAAUUUUCUUGUUAGCUUUUCCUUGGAAGGCUAAUCCCUGUUCCAUGUUUUCUCUCAUUUCUGGUUUAUGUCUCAGCGUGUUGUUUCCAGGGGUCUCAUAGUUCAAGCCUACUUCAUGCCGCCAAACAGGUUCUGUUUCAAAAAUUGGUUUAUUCUACAGUUCUAACAGUAAUCAGACCUUGGUUUCUGGUUAAUUUUCAACAUUAUUCCCCUCCUGAAAAAAAGUCAUCAUUUAAAACCAGCUUUUUGUUUUUCCUCAGAUCACCUUAGCUGAAGUUAAAAUGUGUUUGUCGAUCUGAAACAUUUAUAUCUGUAUUUCUAUAUCUGUAAGGAGGGAAAUUCUGUUCACAGCAUUGUAUAGAGAUGAAAAGGGUUAGUUUGGCACUUCUUUAGUAAUUGCAUCAGCGUUUUCUGAAGAUGGGGACCUAUGGUGUUUUAUUGACGACCAAUGUAUUUAAAACACACCCUGGUUGUUCAGAAAGUCACAUCCCUUUGGGACUCUAUUACCUCAUGUUUUCUUCAUGACAGACAGAGAUUGUAUGGUGAACUUUGGUGUUGACUAUAAAGGGAUCAACCGAGGCAUCAUUACUCCCCGAAGAUUUAAAAAUAUGUUUAAAGAUCCUAUAAGCUUCAUGUGGGAUGAUGCUUGACUCAAGUGAAUUUUGCAUUCUGCUCUUUUUGCUUUUAUAAAUGUUGAGGAACAUAAUCUUCAUUUUCUCCAACAGUUCCAAUCCUCUUUAAAGAGGUAACAGCCAUCCUUUAAUCAUAAUUAUGUGAUGAUGAAAGGUACCUUCAUGUUCAGGUGGGCUGUUAGGAUCCAGGUAUUUUAUAGACUAUGAACCACAGCUCAGUGGAAAUAAACGUAUUUUUGCCAAAAUGAUUGAUAAAAACUGUGUUCCUAAAGCUUAGUUUUGAUGUGACUUAUUUUUCCUGUUAUAUGAUAAAAAAGGCAGUGAUAGCCAUGAUCCCUGGUGCAUCGGUUUGUGCUUAUUUGUUAGUAUUUUGACUUUAGUGAUUUAUCUGUGGAAGCAGCUUAACAUGUAAAAGAAUCAUGUCUCUAUGACCAUGCCAAAACUAAAAAUCGCAAAAGAA